AUGCUGCGGGCGUUCUCGCGCCGCGCCGCGGGCGCGCUUCUGCGCCCCACGCGCGACAUCGCGCGACUUCGCGCGUUCGCGUCCGCGCGCGUCGCGCGCGAGGGCGAGGGCGAGGGCGACGCGACGGACCAACAACCCGCGGCGGCGGACGCGAUGCGAGGGGAGGGCGACGAGGCGGAGGAGCGUGGUGAGGAUCCACCAUCCGUCGAUGAGACGGCGCCCGUGUUGGAGUUCCUCGCCGCGGUCAAGGUGGGCAAGGCUGCGGACGCGCUCGUCCCCGAGCACGUGCCGGACAUGGACGCGCUUCUGCGCGUGGACGGGAUCACGCUGAAGAAAGCCGGUCUCACGGUGAAGGAGAGGAAGCGAGUGAUGAUCCACCGCGACAAGAUGGUGGCGGGGUUUUGGUUCCCCGACGGACGCGGGAUCUACCGCACCGCGAUGGGUCCGGGGAGCAGCAAGUGGAAGCCGAUCAAGAAGCGGCGGCUCGAGCGGCUGAAAGCGAAGGAGUGAGUGGACCUGACGGCGGCGGGAAUAGCGACACGACAACACUAGUAGCGUUGGAACACACACACCGACGCGUGAUGGUCACCGCGACGCGCGCCGUCGCCCGUCCAACG